AUGUCUGAACCGAAAAUAGAAACUAAUCCUCUUGUCAUAAACAGGUGCAGCACAGUCCACGGCUGCAGCCACAGACAGCACUGCUAUGACAUCUACUACAGAGCCCUGGACAUCAGCCGGCAAAGCUCAAGCCCAGCAGAGACGGAGAUGCCAUCUGCUCCAGGGACCUUGGCAACCCUCGAGGAAGUCACAUCCGCUGCACCCACUACGGACACAGAGGAAAAUACCACAUCAGCUCCCAACAGCACGACUCAUAAAGUCUCCUUUUGUAGCAGAGGUGCCUCCACCGCCGUCACCAAGGAAAGCAGGACAUCAGAAAUCCCAGCUCCGCUGCAGACAGCCUCUGAAAACACUGCAGAAUCCUCCAUUUCGCCCACCCCACCCACGGAAGGCGGAGAUACCUCAGCUCCAGGAGUCUCAUCCAUUUCACCCACAGAAGGUGAAGAUACCUCAGCUCCAGGAGUCUCAUCCAUUUCACCCACCCCACUCACAGAAGGUGAAGGUACCUCAGCUCCAGCAAUCCCUUCUACAGCUGCAGAAGCUUUGACGGAACGUUCUCUGACAGAAGGUGACUUGGUCACAUCUGCCCUGGCCAGAACAGAGCCGUUCACAUCUCCAGCAUCGCCAUCCACGCUGAGUGAAGUCCCUCUGGAGCUCACCACACCUGCAUCAACAGUAACAGUCCCUCCAACUCCUGAACCAGCAGGCGUUACCACUCAAGCCCCUGCAGAAAGCACAACACCUGAAGCAGCAGCCCCGACUGAGCCCACCACGGCGGCCAAACCAGUAACAACCUCACAUACUCUGUCGGUCGCUCCAACUCCCACAGCACCCAUCACCACCACCCGUCUGAAAACAACCCCAGCACCUACAGACCCAGCAAUCCCCCCAUACCUGCCCACCUACACGCAGCUGAUGCUGCUGAGAUACCUAACUGGGCUGUGUGGGCCGAGGAGGCCUGGGAUGCCACGCGUGACGCUACAAGGGUGUGUCAGGGACCCAACCUGUGGGAAUUACUACUCACCAGGCAGUAGGAUGUUCUGGUUCAGGGUCAGAGGUCCCAUAUACCGAAGAGUUUGCCUGCGGUGCAGAAUAUCAGCGUGCUACAGAUACAGCUACUCCUUCCACCACUACCAGGGCUACCUGAGGAGAGGCAAAAGAAGCACAAGUGACAGCAUCACUAUUAUUAUCGACCCCCAAUAACAACAGCCCAAAUAAUGCUGCUUCUAACCACAAUGUUGCUUUGAUUGUUUAUGUAUGUGAUCAGCAUGUUGCACAAUUACUAAUUUCUAAAAAUACGUUAUGGUUGUAAAU